UUAUUAUUUUUUCAUCUUCGAAUAUACAAGAUGACUAGAAUUGUACUUCCUGGCGAUUUUAUUACCGACAAUUUUCUUGUUGUUUCAACUCAAGCGCCAAGACUUGUUGGAUAUGGAUUGCAAAAACGUGAGGAUGGUAUUUAUGCUGUAAAUGCUGGAAUACUUCAUGAACAUGAUAAUAAACUUUGGCUAAAUACUUCAAUGAAAAGGUACAUUCCACACUCUGGCGAUCGAGUCUUAGGCACAGUCACAGCUAAAGUUGGUGACAUUUUUAGAGUUGACAUUGGAGGGCCUGAUUUAGCUCUACUCAAUUAUACGUCUUUUGAAGGGGCUACAAAGAGGAAUAGACCAAAUGUCAAAGUCGGAGAUCUUAUUUAUGGACAAAUAAUUUUAACUUCGAAACAUUUUGAACCUGAGCUUUCCUGUGUCGAUUCUGAAUCCCGUGCUAGAGGAAUGGGCGUUAUUUCAACUCCAGGACUUGUCUUCUCAGUCACUCUAUGUCAUGCAAGAAAUCUGCUUAAAGAGAAUGAUCAAAUAAUUCCUGCUUUAGGAAAAGAACUUAAAUUUGAAAUUACAAUUGGAGUGAAUGGAAGGAUUUGGGUCGGAGGUGAACAUUCAGCUGUAAUUACUGUCCAACGCGUAAUUAUUGAUUCAGAAACUACAUUUAGUUCAAAUAUCCCUUUACUCAUCAAAAAUGCUUUACAUGGGGUUUUUACAUAUUCUGACGAGACAAACAAAAAUUACAAAAAAGAAAACAUUUCUAUGGAUAUCUCUUGA